UGCCCCAGAAAUUCCCCUCAGUCGAAGAGAAUCAAAAUAUAGGCAGAGUUGAUAUUGUUGAAAAAUGCAAAAUAAUUAUUUUUUUACUCUGUUUACUCUAAUAUCGCUAAUUGUUGUAUGCAAAGGCGUUUCUCUUGAAUCUCUCUUUGCAGCUUAUAGGAACUAUGAGAUAAAGAUAUCAUCCAAUACGCCCGCUGUUCUGGGCUCAGAAGUCACUUUCCAGGCGGAUUUGUACACAGAUGGAAAGCUGGUGAAGGAUGAUUACAAAGUUUACUGGAUGGACAAUGCGAUUCCCAGCCACAUAUCAAAUGGCAUCAAAUCCUCCGCGCCGCACUUCGAAUGGACCGCCGCUUAUCCGAGCGAUCGUUAUCCUCCAGGGACGUACGAAGUGCAGCUGGAGGUGCAGAAGUGGGAGCUUGUGCUCUACGUUCCCAUCUCGUCUGUCCGGAUGAAUUUCAACAUCACCGCUCUGCUGAAUGGCGACCUGGAGUUAUCACAGAAUGGCACAGUGCGAGAGAACGAGUUCGUGGCGAGCGAACUGCAGGUGGAUCACACGAUAAGGCUGAAGGAGAGCGACAUGGCGCUGUUGAAGCAAAAUGCAACAUAUGUGCAAACAUUCUGGUUCAUCGAUUGCGCCUAUGUCGGCUUCACGGAGAACUACACGCUCUUCAAUCAGUACAAGACGGAGAAUCAGAAGUACAACAUCGAGGCGCUGGUCGUGGCGUCAUAUGAGAAGAUCCCCGAGCCGACUACCACAACUACCAGCACCACGACGACCACCACAACCACCACGACCACUUCCACGACCACCACGACCACCCCGACAACUUCCACCACAACCACCCCCUCGACGACCACGUCGACUUCCACCACGACCACCAAGGCGCCGCCCGUGAAGCGCGAUGUGGCGAAGGCUUCCGAGGACGUGGAAAUCGAGCCAUCCGGCCAGGAAAUCACCCGCGAAAACGCCACCGAAGCACUCGACGCGAUGAUUCCUACUGUCCCAGAGAAGAAAGAUCCAAUCGACCAGCCCUUCGUGUGCUUCAACAAAUCAAUGGUGGCUCCGGAUCCCAGGAAGACGUACGGAUACUUCAGUCGCUCCAUCACCGUGAAGCACUCCAUCGCCAACGUGACGAUCACCGGCAACAACUGGCUGCACCAGGGAGACUUACUUUCGCUGAAGGUGAAGUGUUCCGGAUCGCCGCCGUUCCAGCACUGCAUCAAGGUGCACAAUGGCCCUUACAACAUCACGGGCAACGAGACGUGCAUUGGCUGGCUGCCCACAGACGCGUGCGACUUCGACGUGACGCACUUCCUGUCGCAGGCGCAGCCCUACACGCUGCUCGUGAUCAUCAAGAACGACGUCACAAAGACCAUCAACCAGGUGGCGGUGAACAUUUACGAGGUGAAGAAGCAGUCGCAGCUGUCCGUGAUCGUCGUGCCAGUGGCGUUCACGCUGCUCGCCGUGAUUGCAGUCAUCUUUGGCUUCGCCUACUACAUUCAGAACAAAAAGCGAACCAUCGUCGAAGUGGCGGACUUUAACUUUGGCGAGACGCAAUCUGUUGACAUGGAGUACAAGACUUUCCAGCAGAGGCUCUUGGACAGCAUUCGCGAGGCCUGCCGGUGGCGUGCCCCAAAUCCAGGUCCGUCCCAUUUAACAGGCGAUUCGUCCCUGGACUACGGAUCGAUGACGUAAAGUGCAGUUGAGCAGAGAAUGUGUCUUUCAUGUAGAGAAGAAAUCCAGAAAGUGAGAAAAGGAGAGAGAGAGAAAAAUCUAUUUGAUAUUAAAACAUGAUAAUGCGUGCUAUGAAAAGUAUUGAGGAACAUUUCAGAUGGACAGAAAAAGUACAGAAAAGGAAAAAUCCGUAGUAUUUAAAGCAUUGCAAAAAGGAUUGGAAGUCAAUUAAGACGGCAAAUGAAGAAUAAAAUAUUUAUUGCAGACUUUGUAUAGUGAAACAAAUAAUUGUUGGACCUUUUCCAUCAUUGCAGAAUUAUAAAAAUAGCAACAACAAAAUUCAUUACCCAAGAUAAAGAUUUAUUGAGUCGAGAGGAUGAAGUUGAAACUUGUGAUUUAAUUUUGAGUGUAAUUAUAUAAUUUUAAGUGUAUCAUAAAGAGAUGGAUAAAUAUUAUUAUUUUUUAUUAGUUAUUUAGUCGGGUUUUUUUCCACGGACAGAUUGUGUGAUCGUGUGAUAUAAAUUCCAUUUAUAUUCUCAAAUCGCGGUGUGAAGGCGAUGUUGACAUUCAUGUGGAGAUGCGCGUGAAAAAGGAUUGGAAAGCUAACUAUAAUUAGGAAUUUCAGUGAAUUUAUUGUAACAAGAUUAGUCAUAAUUAUUUAGCGUAUAACAUUGUAUCACUCGAAAUAGAUCAUAUUUCUAGGAUAAUGUUUGGAGGAGAGAAUUUAACCACACACCUUUUAGGAUUCACACAAUUUCUGCUCUUAUUAUUCAAGAGAAAAAGGCAUCUUUCUACAAAAGUGAAACAUUUGACCUAUCAAAUAUCCCAAUAAACGGUUUAACAC